ACCGACCGCUCGCCCGUUGCGGCGGGGGAAGCCGAGCUUGGCCGUUGCGCGCAAGAGUUGAUAGUCCCCGCACUUCUGUCCCCGCAAUGCACUUAGUCGGGAAUCAGGGGCUCCGCGACCUCUGAAAGUUUGCGCGCUCCCGACCUCGCCCGGCCGCUUUGGCUGCGGAGCGGAAACGCUCCGGCUCCGCGGAAGGACGGAGCAACGGCCGAGUCGUCUCCUGGGAGGAUGUGUUAACUUGGUGCAGAGGAGUCCCUCACGCUGGACCGAUCCUCUUCUCGGGAAACCUCGGCAAGCGAUGGAAGGUAGGAAGGACUGGAACUUCUUCUGAGCGGCGACGUGUAGCCGAGUCCGAGGGAGGAGGAAGGCGGGCCUCCGAGGAAGCUGGCGCGAUGCCCUCCUUGCUGGGAAGAAAGCGCUGGGACCUCUUGACCCACCUCGACCGAGUCGCUGUUGGAAGCCUUUGCCUGUGAUGUGCCCCAGUUGGCAGGACGGGUUUCCAGUCCUGUCCCCAGCUUAGCAACAUGAAAGUGUUCCGCAGGAAGGCUCUGGUGCUCUGCUUGGGCUACGUCCUUCUGCUGCUGCUUACGAUGCUCAACUUGCUGGACUACAAGUGGCACAAGGGGCCACAGCAGUGUAGUGGCCCCUCACCCGCCCGGCGCAUAUCCUAUCCGCAGCAGCUGCCUUAUUACGCCUCUCAGUCCAGGUCAGACACACGGGCUCUCUACGGGCCUCCUGCGCGCUUGGCCCGCAAGCGACAGCUGGUCUAUGUUUUCACCACUUGGCGUUCAGGCUCCUCUUUCUUUGGAGAGCUCUUCAACCAGAACCCGGAGGUCUUCUUCCUUUAUGAGCCUGUGUGGCAUGUGUGGCAGAAGCUGUACCCAGGAGAUGCUGUGUCCCUGCAAGGUGCAGCGCGUGACAUGUUGAGUUCCCUCUACCGCUGUGACCUCUCUGUCUUCCAGCUCUACAGCACUGCGGGGACAGGGAAAAAUCUCACCACCUUGGGCAUCUUUGGCGCGCCCACCAACAAGGUAAUCUGCUCCUCACCCCUCUGCCCAGCUUACCACAAGCAAACUGUCGGUAUGGUGGAUGAAAAGUUGUGUAAGAAGUGCCCGCCGCGCCAGCUCAGCCUUUUGCAGGAGGAAUGCCUCAGGUACCACACUUUAGUCAUCAAAGGUGUGCGGGUCUUUGACAUUGCAGUUUUAGCACCACUCAUCCAAGACCCUUUCUUGGGUCUCAAAGUUAUCCACCUGGUCAGGGAUCCCCGGGCUGUGGCUAGUUCCAGGAUCAAAUCCCGCCAUGGGCUCAUCCGUGAGAGCUUACAGGUGGUGAGGAGCAGGGACCCUCGCAUCCACCGAAUGCCAUUUCUGGAUGCAGGCCACAAGCUGAACAAGAAGGAAGGAGGAGGUGGUUCAGACUACCAUGCCUUGGGUGCUAUGGAAGUCAUCUGUGGCAGCAUGACAAAGACUCUGCAAAUGGCUUUGCACCCACCGGAUUGGCUGAAGGGGAAUUAUAUGGCUGUCCGGUAUGAGGACUUGGUGGUGGACCCCAUCAAGACUUUGCGACAGGUCUAUGGGUUUGUCAAUUUAGUGGUGAGCCCAGAGAUGGAAAAGUUUGCUCUCAAUAUGACAAGUGGACCUGGUUACUCUUUUAAACCUUUUGUGGUCUCUGCCAGGAACGCUAGCCAGGCAGUUAAUGCCUGGAGGACCGCACUGAGCUUUCCUCAGAUCAAGCAAGUGGAAGAGUUUUGCCAACAGUCUAUGUCUAUCCUAGGCUAUGAGAAAGCCAGUAGUCCCGAAGAAGUAAAAAACCUUAGCAAAACCUUGCUCAGGAAGCCAAGAUUAUGAAAAGGAUGUUGGCCUUUCGACACAUAAGGAUGUACAAAGAGAGUUACCUACAAUCUUCCACUUAACAACAAGAGGGAGAAUGCAAAAUACAGCUUUUUCUUAAAAGAUACAUUGUUCAUUUUACUUCUCUAGAGACUACUGAGAAUUAUACCCAUUCACAUUUUUGCAUUGCUCAGCUGAUAUAAUUUAAACACACACACAAUGACUUAAGUAUUUGUAAGACUUUAUUUCCUCCCUCCAGAAAUUCAAGGCACAUGAUUCAGUACAUACCAGAAUCUUUAUAUACUUCUUGUGAUAAUAAUUAUGAGAGCUUUGCACAUUUGUGGUGAGGGUUGGGUGGCAUCCCAGGUAAGGGACUAAUCAGUAAAACAAGAUUUAGAGGACUGAACUUUUAUAUAAAUAUUUAAAUGUAAUGAAGAAUUCAAUAAAUAUGCU